UAGCUUCUGUCCUCUGGUGUUUGUGGUAAACAUAAAAUAGUUUUAAAUUGGCAUAGUAAAAUAAAAUAAGUUGAACUUAUAAAUUAUUUUUUUAUUAUUUUUAUAAUAAUACUUUUGUUACAAAAAAUGACGAGUUCUUUUAUUACCACCAAACCACAAUGGCGCGAGUCACCGCCCAAUGUUACGAAUAUGCCACUUUUGAUAAAUUGUCUACUCAUCGUAUUUGCCGGAUAAUUUUGCCGUGUUUAUUUCGUGCGAUACACCGUGUUUCUGUGCAACGAGCUGCAUCGUGCUGUGUACCGUGACGGCCGGUUGUUUUCUUGCAGCAGUUCCGUGGUGAGCGUUUCGAUGACCGGGCGUUUUACCAGCGGCAACCCGGCAAGAGUCCACUGCCAGCGUCGCGAUGAGUCGCUAAAAUGAUCGACACCUUGCCAGCUGAUCCAGCAGAAACAUGGACUGCUGGCUCUUCAACGGGCGUGCGCACGGCAGCAGCUGGCUCUUGCUGCUGCUCUUGUGCGUGGCAGCAUCUGCGGGAGCGGUGUUCCACGAGCGGGUGUCAGGCACGGUGGGCGGCGGCAACUACAGCUACUACACCCUAUCCAAGCCUGGCUCGGUCACCAUCCUGCUGCACCCGGUGUCUGGAGACCCGGACCUCUACGUGGCGGAGCGAAAUGUGCAGCCCACCUUCGACCUGGACAACCACUGCCUCCAGUCGACGACAUGCGGCUCGGAGCGUCUGGAGUUGCCGCGGCACUUCAAGCGCCCCGUGGGCAUCGGCAUCUACGGCCACCCGUCGCACGCAAUGAGCACGUACGAGCUAGAGGUGCGCGUAGAGGACUCGGCCGAGAACCUGCUCUUCUUCGACUACAACUACAUGGCCGAGAAGCAGGAGCCCCGGGGCGAAGACCCGCCCGAGCCCAGCCGGGAGGACUCCGGCAGCCAGCUGCCCGACGAGUCCCUGCUCUGGACCGUGCUGGUUGGGCUGCUCAAACUCCUGCUCCAGGUGCUCGAGGGGUGACCCCCGUGGCCGACCUUCGGAGGCCAUACGAUGGCUUCGCCGACCGUCGGUGGCUCAGAGGGAGCCAAACGUCGACUGUGCGAACGGUUGGCUGCCGUCUUUCGGAGUGCUUUGGACGCUCAAAGAGUGAACCCUGCGGCCGACCUCCGGAGGCCGAAGAAUGACCACACAAACGGUCGGUGGCUCAAUAGAGACUGUGCAUUGAUUUUGCGAACGGUCGUUUACUUUUUUUUGGUAAGCGAGGGCCGGUUUUCUAGUAACGAAGUCUUAGCUAGACCGUGAAAAAAGAAAGCACUGCCAAGGUUGUCGCACAGUGGAGUAAGUGGCACAUUAAGACGAGUCUCAAGAGCUCGUGCCCCAAGGCUUGGCAGGCUUGCUUUCACGCAGUCUUAGCUAAGACUCUGCUUUUAGAAAUCGGACAAGAUGCUCGGAGGAGGACUUCCAGAGGCCGAAGGACGGCAGCACGAACGGUUGGCGGCCAAGUAGAGACCGGAUAUCAACCGUGCAGAAGGUCGGUUGCUGUCGUACUUUGCCUCAACCCCUGCAGCGAAGUCAGGAUGUAGUCUAUGCUGCGUUUAAAGUAAUGGCACGAGUCGGGAGCCGUGACUCUUGCUUCCUAUUGUGUCCGAACCAUGUAGAAGCUCUGCUGUGUUCUUCAUUAAGGUGAAGCAUGGAAUAGAGGUGGGCCAUUGAAUAAGCCGUGACUUACAACCGCUGCAUUGUUCCAAAGCCUCCAGAAGAAAUGGACUGGCUAAAGGGUUGUUAUAGGCAGUUGGGUUGUGCCAGGAUUCAUAAAUGCUAUUAAAUCAGGGAUCAUUCUGCAAGAAAGUCUUUGAUUUGGUAGUUUUGUUGCCAGCUUGUCUUCAGUAUUUUCGUUGCUUAUGCCUUCAAAUUCCAGAAAUGAGACUGUGUAGUGAUGUUACAAUUUCAAACUUAAAAGUUGCUUUCCGUGUUCAUUUUUCACGAAAUGCAGAGGGUGUUUUUCGGAGUUUAUUUUUGUUCGAUUCACAAUUGUCUGAAAUUCUGAGUUUAUUUUACCGUGUACCCAGUUUAUAAAAAUUCAAAACCAAAAUAAAUGAAGUCCGGGUACUAUGAAACAUUCUCUUGAAGAAACCUUGACAAGCUAAAAAGCGAACCCCUUUUGUCAGUAGUUUGAGAUUUUAAAGGAAACUUAAAGGGACACUGACAACCCCCAAAGCUUGUUUUUAAUUUUUUGCCAGGCGAUCUAUUAUGGUGUCCGAAGAUUACCCAGUCAGUAUUUUGCUACAGUGUCACGUAUAUUGUUAAUAAAAUAAGAAAUGCAACUGCUUGAAACCGAAACCGAAACUGGACUGGGGAAGAAGAAGAAAUAUAGAGGAGGAGAAAGUUGCCAAAAGUCACCUGGCCGUGCAACUUCCUUUUUUUUUUUUCAAUCAACGUAUUUGCAGUUUUUUAGACGCCACAAAAAAUGGGUAUCAUAGUUUAGUUUAUAUUUUAGUAUUGAGUGGCUGCCUUCGAUGAACCACGAGCUUGAUCAUCUUUGGUAGUUGUGUCUUAACCAUAUAAAACUGCUCGUGACUACGGAGAAGAGAGUGAGCGCGAUUCAAACCCACCAGUUCUCGAUUGGCGGUUUUCCGGCGGAAAGAAAACUAAUUUUGAGCCGCAAAUUGGGUUCUGGGUAGUUGCGCUCCCAUAUGUCGUGUACAAAUAAAAUCCUUGGUGGGCAUAAAUACCCUCUCAGUGUCCCUUUAAGUGGGAUCUCCUCAGGACCAGUGACCACGUGCUCUUAUGAAGUUUAUUUGUAAAACACUUGUCUUUUUUGCUUUUAAUUUUGUCAUUGUGACCUUGAAAUUUCGAGUUUUCCGGAUAAAUCCAAAUGACGAAAAAUUUACCAGUGCCUGUUUUUUGGAUAUUUUUUUAUUUAUCUGAAAACCCAGAACCCUAGCUAUAUAUCUAGUAAAUUUUUUUGUUUCUCUUAUUAUUUUCAUAACAAUGCUGUGUCUGCUUUUAGGAUAAUGCUUGAGCUUGAUCUAGAUAAGCUACUGUUGAUUUGCAUUUUCACCAUUCCUUCUGGGAUGAGAGUCUUAAGUCCUCCACCUUGGAGAAGUGCAAUGGUCAAUUGCGGUCCUGUGAGUAAUCAGAAUGUCCCACAGGUUGCCAGCAGAAUGCAUCAAAGUCUUGGAUGUGUGAAAGGGUUCUGGCACACUCUGGAGUCAGAGAGAGUCCUUUUUGAGGAACUGCUGCAUGUAUACUAAUACUAGUUAUUGCAGAAAUUGCUGCACAUGCUAAGAUAUAUGAGAAAGGUGCGCAUAGUGGUUGUGCAAGAUAGCUAUAUUUUGCUACCUUUCCAGUGGCCUCUUUAUUAUCACCUUGCCAAGAAUGUUUUUGGAGCAGAAAUAGUCAACCCGUGUGUGUUUUCCUAAAUAAAAGUAAAUCCAGUGUCUUA